AUGACAACAAAGUACGAAAACUUCCAGCACUUGGAGAGUGAGGAUGAAAUCCAGGAGGUUGGAAAUGGGCUGCCUCAUCUUCAGUCCUUCCUGCAGCAUCUCUGCUCCAGGUCCCACCUCCUCCUGCUGUCCCUGGGACUCAGCAUCCUGCUGCUGGUUGUCAUCUGUGUGGUUGGAACCCAAAAUUCCAAGGUUCAGAGGGACGUGGCGACCCUGAGGAGAACUUUCAGCAACUUCACCUCAGACACUGUGGCUGAGAUCCAGGCUCUGACAUCCCAGGGCAGUAGCUUGCAAGAAAUGAUAACAUCUCUGAAAGCCGAAGUGGAGGAUCACAAGCAAGAACUGCAGGCAGCUUAUUUCCGAAUGCUCCUGCGAGUCCAGCAGUUGGUGAAAGACCUGAACUCCCUGACUUGCCAGAUGGCUGUUCUCAAGAACAAUGGUGAGGAGGGUGUGGGGAGCUCCGAAAAGACCUGUUGCCCCAUCAACUGGGUAGAGCAUGCGGGCAGCUGCUACUGGUUCUCUCAGUCCAGCGAGACCUGGUCUGAGGCUGAGAAGUACUGCCAGCUGGAGAACGCCCACCUGGUGGUCAUCAACUCCAGGGAGGAGCAGAAUUUUAUCCAGGAACACAUAUGCACUGCCGGCGCGUGGACGGGCCUCACUGACCAAAAUGGGCCCUGGAAGUGGGUGGAUGGGACAGACUAUGGGAGAGGCUUUUCGCUCUGGAGGUCAGAUCUGCUGGACCCUUCCAGGAACAUGAUCAAGGAAAGCGAGGCUUGUGCCUUCUUCACCAGUGACGGUCACUGGAUAUAUGACAUCUGCAGGAAGCUCUACCACUGGGUCUGUGAGACAGAGCUGAGCAAGGCCAGCUAG